GAUCCCAGCUCAGCAACAGGCAGCGCAUAGCAGCCCACAGCAACAGUAUCAACAGCAGGACGUCCCCAAGACUCUCUGGUCGCUCACAAGGGGUGUUAAAAUCGAGCAGGAAGCGGGCCUGGCCAAUCUGCGUCAAGUAGAGGAAGAAGGUACGAUAGCUGUCUGAACGACCUGCUUGUUCGUUUCGAUUGCCAAUUUACCUUCUGACUGGAAAAACACAAACUACCUUCAUCCUUCUAGUUUAUAAUACUUUUACACAGGAGUCGUGGGAGGUCGCACCACCACUCCAGCAUGUCCGGGCCGCUUUACAAUACUUGAAGUAUAAUUCACUCAAGCCUGAUCAGGUCAUUACAUCGGGCCUUCUUCGACUUGCUCAAGCUAUGCCUGAAUUGCUUAGAGACCAAACUGUUUCUGCCAUCAUGAUCCAGAUGCUUCGUCCUGAAUUCACUCAUAGUUUUAAGAUUCGCACGAAUGGUGCAGUGGUGUUUCUGAUCUGCGCGCUAUUGCACAUAGCUUGGGAUUCAAUCGAGGACUGGCCUACUGAUUUUGUUAUGGCUUAUCUGGAAGAUGCAUUGGGCGAACGAUCAUGGUGUGCGAAUGCUGAGACGAAAACUUUUGUGGCCAAUGUCUUAACCGCAUUCAGAACAGAUGAUCCUGAGGACGACUCCGAGGAAACCAAAUUUGAUCCUGUCCGCUUAGAUGAGAAGAGUAAUACAUCAGCUGUCAUGGCAACAAUUGACCUUCAUCAAUACACUGAGCCAUUGAGUCUCAGAAAACGAUUUCAAAAUCAGGCCAUAAGGAGUAACAUCAAGCACAUUACCCUUCAGACUAUGUCAGAGCAUAUACCUAUGGCUGUAGGAGCUAGUGCUGUAGAGGCGUCAGUCCGAAGUUUAAUCAAAGUCAUGAUGGUGACAUGUCGUUGGGCAGAAGUUCGGCUAAAAGCCAUGGGGUGUAUGGAAUGUAGGUUUAGCAGCGAUAUGUAGCUUGGAUAUUGUUAUUCAUCCAGGAUAUCUCAGGACAUGAGGACCUUGCAAA